AUGCAGCUGCUCAGUGGCUUGAAUAAGCGUUAUGUGAUACUCAUCAAAAAAGGUGUCUACAUGGAGAAUGUGGUGGUUGACAAGGAGAACCUUGCUAUGGCCGGAGAGGGUACGGGUGCCACCAUUAUCUCCAGUAACCUUAAUACCUGUAUCAAUAAUUUAAGUACCUACCACACUGCAAGUUUUGGUGCGAAAGCUUAUGGAUUCAUGGCACAUGAUAUUUCAUUCGUUAACACUGCUGGGCCUUUAGGUGAACAAGCUGUAGCCCUAAGAUCAACUUCGGACUGUUCGAUAUUUUACCGUUGUGAGAUUUCUGGAUUUCAGGAUAGUUUGUAUGCGCAUUCAAAACGUCAAUUCUACCGUGAAUGCGAAAUCCAUGGUACUAUCGAUUUUAUUUUUGGAUAUGGCACAACUGUGUUUCAAAACUAA